AAAUAUCAGUAACCUAGCUAUAUAACCAAUUCAAUAUAUAAUGUCCACUGAACAGAAAGUUGUGUCUCCAUCCCAAAACUUGUUAAACGAUAAGUGGGAUGUCGUUUUAUCUAAUACUUUAAUCAAGACUGGAUUAGGUUUCGGUGGCGGUGUUUUAGCCUCCAUCUUGUUGUUCAAGAGAAGAGCUUUCCCAGUCUGGAUAGGUGUUGGUUUCGGUUUAGGUAGAGGUUACGCCGAAGGUGAUGCUAUUUUCAGAUCUAACCACGGAUUGAGAACUGUCAAGGCCUAAAUUUAUGCAUACAUGAAAUCCAAGGGUGCUAUAUUCUAACUGGUGCAGCUGCCCAUUGUACAAUAUCUGAGCUUCUGGGAAGCAUGCUUAGUGCUCUUGCUUUUAUUACACAAUAAAAUUCUUAGAACGAUUA